AUGAUGAACUACGAGGAAGAUUUCGCAGAGGAAGUGUUUUGCUUUGCACUGGCGCCGAACUAUUUACUUUCGUAUUGCCACGGAUGCCUCAAAGAUGGAUCGGAGUUGAAGAAAUGUACAGGCUGUCGAAUGUUUGUGUAUUGCUCGACGGAUUGUCAGAAGAAGGAUUGGCGCAUGCACAAGGUUGAAUGCGCUUCCUGCAAGGCAUGUCAAUUUCUAGAAGACUUCAAAGUAUUCUUUGACAAACAAGUUGUUAAGGAUUAUGUCAUCAAAAGGCUUUGCAAAGUCGUAUGUGUGAACAGCUUUUCCCUAACGAAUCAAUACAGUGUAUCGAUAGGAAUAUCGCUUUGUAUACGACUUAGUGCUAUCGAUCAUUCAUGUCGGCCAAACGUGAGAUACGCUUAUCGUAUGACAACAGCAGUUAUGGUUCCGACUCUCUGCUCACGGGCUCCUAUAUCAUUAAAUGAUGCCAGACAUUCAUACAUAAAUGAGCUACUCCCGAAAUCUUUGCGCCAAGAAAUUCUUAAGAGGGAUUAUAAUUUUGAUUGUGAGUGUGAAGGAUGUCUAGACGACGAGAGAAAUGAUCGCAUGGAAGCGUGGUAUUGCAUUAACUGCCAAGAUGGUUGGUUAGCACCGAGAGAAGACGCUAAGUGUACAAGCUGCAACUGGACCAUAGAUGUGGAUCAUUUUGAGUUAUGUCGGGUUGCUGUUGAAUCUGCAUUGGCCGGCAAUAAAGUUCUUGAAAGUGGAAGUUACAAGCUUGAAUCGAAAGUUUUACUUGCGAAUAAGCUGGUGUCAGUUUUCAAAGAAACUCUUCACGAAUUCAAUGUCCUUCGCAUUCCAAGUUUACGCAUUUUGUACGAAAACGCAAUUGCUGAAAAGAGAACCAUGGAUAUGUUGACGUUUGGAAGCGAGCUUCUACGUGUGCAAAGCCAAUUCCAAGAUGAAGAUGACUUGGCUAUAUGUCACCUGAAAUAUGGCCUAGCGCAAGCAUACAAAUCCGUUGGGAGCGAUGACGAUUGCCGAAAAAUGCUCUCUGGAGUACCUGAGGCAAUUUAUUUUUCUCUUUUUCUGUGA